UGAAAGCAGGAGCCCCUCAGUCUGGGGAAUGGUGAACUUUUGUCUGAAGUUUGCUACACGACUACAAGAGGUUCGGGCUGCUGCAAGAGUGCCAACUCUAUUUAAAAUGAAACCAGAUCAGUCUAGGAUGUGAAAGUUGCUUAGACGGUGAAUUGCUGUUCAGUGAGGUCAAAGUGCAGAUGUUGUGGUUUGAUCUCGUGCUGCUGCUCUGUGGUCAGCAGUAAAUUAUACCUCAGAGGCUGAUUCACAGUAAAAAGUUACGGUUAAUUCUUGCCGAUUUGGUGAGGGGUGCAAGUCGUAAAAGUGACUUGAAGUUCCAGGCAGAUCCGGAGGUUGAUAAGCGGGAACUCUACCAGAAAUAAUAUUCUGAGAGAGUCAAGAUGAAACGUAGGGUGCUAUUGGUUUCAAACUCGACUAUGUAUGGAGGCAGCUACCUGGAACAUUGCCAGGAGCAAAUAGUCAAAUUUUUUGGAGACAAAGUGAAGAGAGUUUUAUUUAUUCCAUAUGCUUUGCAUGACAGAGAUGCAUAUGCCAAGAAAGCCCGGCAUAAAUUUGAAAGUUUGGGUUAUGGAUUGGACAGUAUUCACGAGGCUACAGAUCCUGUGGUGGCAGUACAAAAAGCACAAGGAAUCUUUGUGGGUGGUGGGAACACUUUUCGCCUUCUGAAGGCUCUGUAUGAUAGUAAUCUGGUUUCAGAGAUACACAAGAGAGUCUCCCAGGACGGCAUUCCUUACCUGGGGUCAAGUGCUGGGACAAACGUAGCCACUGUCAGCAUAAACACUACCAAUGAUAUGCCAAUUGUCUACCCACCUUCAUUCAAAGCCAUUGGUCUGGUCCCAUUCAACAUUAACCCUCACUAUCUGGAUGAAGAUCCCAACAAUCAACACAUGGGGGAGACACGGGAAAAGCGCAUUGAACAAUACCACGAGGAACCUGAUACACCGCCAGUCAUGGGCUUGCGAGAAGGGUCCAUGCUCCUGGUCGAAGGUGUCAAGGCCACACUGCUAGGAACCACUGGUGCUCGCUUGUUUGUCCAGGGUGAGAAAGCCACUGAACAUGACUCUGGAACAGACUUCAGCUUCCUUCUGACUGAUUCUCGCCAACUGAACUGUUAAUGGGAAUCCAAAUACAAUAUGGGAAUUAGUGUUGCAUGAAUAAAACCAAUGAAAUAAUAUAAAUUUUGAGUAGAGUCGUUGGCAUAUAAGGCCCUAGCUAAUAAA